CUGUAUAAACCAUUGAAGUCAUCGAUUGAUGUAAUAAUAAGUUAAUGUAUUUUUAGUGACAAUUUUAUUGGUAGACAAACCAAGUGAUGGCCAGUAUUGCAACAAAUUAGUUGUAACAGUCAAUUGGUCGGCCAAUUGCACCGAAUCUGUUUGACCGAUAAGUUGUUGGUCACAUUGACUGUCAAUCAUUGCGUGACUGAAUCUCUCCGGCGCCGUCGGAUAAGUAUGCGACCAAUGUUUACCAACAACACGAUGCCUUCAUACGGAGGCCAUUCACCUCACGGACCGCCGCCGCCACCACCGCAUCCGUCACACGGAUCGCAUGUAUCCCACGUAUCUCACGGACCUAUGCCACCGACUGGCGGCCACUCACCUCACGCGCCUAUGAAUUCGUCGGACGGAUUUGUCUACAACUCGCCGAUGAUGUAUAAUAAUAGACGCCAUACGCCAUACUUUGGUCAACCAGACUAUCGGGUCUACGAAAUGAAUAAACGAUUGCAACAGAGAUCAGAGAUAUUUGUCAACCAAGAAAGUGAUAAUCUCUGGUGGGAUGCGUUCGCCACUGAGUUCUUUGAAGACGACGCCACACUUACGCUAACGUUUUGUUUAGAAGACGGACCCAAACGAUAUACGAUCGGUCGAACAUUGAUUCCCCGAUACUUCCGCAGUAUCUUUGAAGGCGGUGUUACAGAAUUGUCAAUAAAUAUGAAACACACAAAAGAGUCGUUUCAUAACACGACCAUUACGUUAGACUGUGACCAGUGCUCUAUGAUUACACAACACGGAAAGCCCUACAUUAAGCCAAUGGGUCCGUACCCUAAUCUACCCAAUGAUCCCAUGAAGGAUCAAAUGGCUAAAGAACAUCCAGUUAUCGUUUGUACUGAAGGACGACUUAUACUAGAGUUUACUUUUGAUGACUUAAUGCGAAUAAAGUCGUGGCAUUUCGCUACAAGACAUCACCAGGAAUUGAUUCCGAGAGGGAUUGUUGCAAUACAGGCCCAACAGGACCCCACACUGUUGGAGCAGAUGUCUAAAAAUAUUACUCGACAGGGACUGACCAACUCUACACUCAACUACUUAAGGUUAUGCGUUAUAUUAGAGCCGAUGCAGGAACUCAUGACUCGACAUAAAACUUAUUCUCUAAGUCCUAGAGAUUGUUUAAAGACAACACUGUUUCAGAAAUGGCAACGAAUGGUAGCGCCGCCGGAGACAACUCGCCCACCGAGCAAACGAAGAAAGCGAAAAUCUUCGGCAAAUGCGGGUACGACAGGAGGAGCCGGAAAGAAAAAGAACAACAACGCGGCAAACAUGAGUCCGGGUCCGCCUAAUUUCACUCUUGCAUCGCAAGACGUUAUGGUUGUCGGCGAGCCAUCACUUAUGGGCGGAGAAUUUGGCGACGAAGACGAAAGACUUAUUACAAGACUCGCAACUAAUAUUCAAACAGAGAACCACCAAUUUGAUCCCAAUGUGGCUAAUGUAACGAAUGGUCUCGAAGAAUGUGAUGAUUUUGGUCCAUUAGGAGGACCACAUGGCGGUCCACCAGGAAAUGGACCACCACCAGGUUGGCCAGGUGGUCAUCCACCAGGAUCGUCAAUGAACCCGAAUUCAGGUCCUCCACUGCCUAAUGUCAAUAACGGUCAUUCAUCACACGGUCCCGGUUCACAUGGUCCGGGAUCUCAUGGUCCGGGUUCUCAUGGUCCGGGAUCUCAUGGUCCGGGAUCUCAUGGUCCGGGAUCUCAUGGUCCGGGUUCUCAUGGUCCCGGUUCACAUGGUCCGGGUUCUCACGAUGACAAAAAGCAAUCUCCAAAUAUAAGUCAAUAAAUGAUCUGAUUUUUGAAGUAUUAUUAUUAGUCGCAAAAAUGUAGAGAAAAAUGCAAUAUUUGUAUAAAUCAUUUGAUGAGGUGUUGGAUAAUUCAUAAUUCGAUAUAAAUUUUACAUUUUUUUUCACCAAAACACUACAUAAAACGCUAAUAAUAAUAAUAAUUUUUGUAAUAAAACACUUUAUUAUAAGAAAUAAU